AUGCAGGGUCACGUCGAGGUCCCUUCAGAUGAGACAGCCACCGUCGCCGAGCUGGAACGGAAUUGGAAGGAGGAAUACAUGAGGACGAAGGACGGACGGUUGCAGACAUUUGUGACUCACUACGCGGGUGAGGCUCCGGUGCAGGAUGUCUCCCUACACGGUGUCGAGAUCGAGGCGAACAGAGAGGAGCGAACUUUGCACAUCCACGGCGGCAAGGAGCAUAUUAAGAUCUUGUUGAGAAUCAAAAAGUGCGACACGGCCGAGACGUUCGACAAGUGGCGCCAGGCGCUGCUCUCCCACGCCGCCGCCUCGAACCUCGACCAGUUCGUGACGCCGAGGAUAGUCAUCCUGGAGCUGGGCUCGACGUCGAUCCGAGCCGGAGUUCUGUAUCAGAAACCCCUCCUUCCACAGGUCUUCUUCCCGGCGAUUGGAUGUAUACUCGACAACGGGCAGAUCGUUGUCGGAAAUCAAGCUUAUGAGCCGGAGAAUCGACAACGUGGUGAGCUGGUGCGACCUAUUCAGUGCGAUCCGUCGGUGGAAAGGUACUCGAUGGAUAAAGAAGUCACGAAGGCCUGCAUCGAGCGGGCAAUCCGUGAUCUCGCCGUCGUCUCGAUCCCAAUGGGUGCCCAACAGAUUCGAGACUCGCUGAGGACGUCGCUGGCCUCGCACAACAACGGUCUCUUCUCGUUCCAAACGCCGUGCGAGCGGUUGAUUCUGCGAUACGUGAUGGAGCAUUCCGCGUACGUGCCGGAGAACUACGAGACGGAGAGCGGGGAGAAGAAGAGCAUCUCGCUGACGCCGUUCAAGCCAACGUCGAGUAUGCCGAGGGAAUUUGAGAUCGACAGCUCUCGCUUCACAUGCACCGAGGGUCUGUUCCGCCCCAAAAAGUGGCAGCUCGAGUCGAAGGGCAUCCACCACCUCAUCCACGACGCCGUCACCCAAUCACCCAUCGACAGCCGCCGUAACUUGUACAAGAACAUCUACCUGGCCGGUGGCGCCUCCCUGUUGCCCGGGUUGGCGGAGAAGGUGGAGACCGAACUGGAGACGGUGCUGCCGAACACAAUCAACGCCCAGGUGCACAUCUCACCGUGGCGGUAUCACGCGGCGUUCCUCGGGGCACAGGUAGUCGCCGCGGGAGCCUCGUCUCUAGCCGCGCUUUCCUCUCCAGAGAGUCUCCCAUCGACGCGUGCCGUCGAUUUGUCCGGCCAUUCGGCGGCACUUUGCCAACGGCUACUCGGGUUGAACCCCGUGCAAAAGCAACUGUGUACGGAGAACCCACUCAUCAUCCAGUACGUGGCGCGCGGCAUCCGGGAAGCCCUCUACCAUUGUCAGGAUCAGUUCAAGAACGAGAGGUGGAACUGCUCGGAUCGUCAUGAGGUCAUCACGACUCCGCAUGGGGAAUUCAGGGAUAUUCUGGGAAAGACGUUGAGAUCAGCAAGCCGCGAGGGUGCUUUUUUGACCGCUAUCGCGACGGCCGGCAUCGUCUACGAGGUGACGAAGGGGUGCAGCACGGGCAAUCUCUCGCAGUGCGGAUGCGACAGUCAGCCAGACAUCCAGAAAUACAUCGACACGGACGUGCACAACGAACCGAGAAGCCAUCCGGCCGCCGGGCACCAUCGCCUGAACCAACGAUCCCUGAACACUUUUUCGUGGGGAGGAUGCUCGGAUAAUGUGCCGUACGGCGUGAAAUUCACGAGGGAAUUCCUUGACAAAUUCGAGACACAACAAUUCGAGAACCUUGACCAAGACGUUCGCCGUCUCGUCCAUAAACACAACUUCUUUGUGGGCCGAGAGCAAAUCGCGCAAAACAUCAAGCGCACUUGCCGGUGCCACGGCGUUUCCGGCAGCUGUGAAUUCAAGACGUGCUGGCUGUCGAUGCCGAAAUUCGGCGAGGUGGCGGAGAUGCUGAAGAAGCGCUACCAGCACUUUGCCGUCCAGGUGGCCGAUGAACCCUCAGCACCUCCACCACCACUACCACCACCACAUUCACCACUCGCCCCCACCGCCGCAAACAAUACUGUGGCAAAACGCGUGAAGAAGCGCCUAAGAAGAAAGGAGCGGGGCGAGCGAGCGCAGAUGCCGAUCCGGGGCAACGAGCUCGCCUUUCUUCAGAAAUCGCCCUCAUACUGUGAACGGAAUGAUACGCUCGGUAUCCUCGGCACUCUCGGCCGAGAAUGUGUCCAUCGGUCCCACAACGCCGACGACUGUGAUCUGCUGUGCUGUGGAAGAGGCUACAACACCCGCAGCGAGCGCAAGAAGACGCAAUGCCAGUGUAAAUUUGUCUGGUGUUGUCAGGUGAAAUGCAAGGAGUGCAUCGACGACGUCACCGUCCACACGUGCAAG